UAUUUCACUAGCUUCAGAAUUCCUCUCUUUUUCUUGUCAUGGAGUUUGCCAGCAGCAUUGCAGAUGACGUCUUGGGUAGGCUAGCUUCACAUGCUUCCCAACAGAUCUCCUUGGCAUGGGGUGCCCAACUUAAGCUCAGCAAGCUCAACAACACCUUAUCUGCCAUCAAACUAGUGCUCGAGGAUGCAGAGAAGAAGCAAGUGAGAAAUCCCCUAAUCACUCGUUGGUUAGGAAAUCUCAAAGAUGUUUGUCAUGACGUUGAUGAUGUCUUGGACGAACUGGACUUCCAAAAGCUGCGGUUGAAAGUGGAGGUCGACAACUGUGGGAAGAUCAAAGGAAAGGUACGCCAAUUUUUUUCCCGAUGGAAUCCAGUAGUGUUUAACUUCAAAAUGGGACAUAAAGUGAAAGAGAUUAGAGAAAGACUAGUUGAAAUUGAUAAUGAAAAGAGACAGCUUGCUCUCCUUGAAUUUCCUAAGAUAGCUGAAGAUCCUCGUGCGCCCCAACAAGUGCACGAUGACAGGAGGAUGACUGCCUCCAAAGUUGAGGCUUCAAAUGUUAUUGGAAGAGAUGAUGAUAAAAAACAGAUUAUCAAGCAUCUCUUGAAUGACACUGAUUUCUCUAGUGAGGAGAAUGUUUCUGUUGUUUCCAUAAUUGGGUUAGGAGGGUUGGGGAAAACAACACUUGCUAAAUUGGUGUAUAAUGAUAGCAUGGUAGAAAAAAACUUUGAGACAAAGAUGUGGAUAUGCGUCUCAAACAACUUUGAUAUUCAAAUAUUAAUUCGAGGUAUUACUAAUGCUGCAAAUGGACCAAAAUGUGAGGAUGAAAGUUUGGAUGUGAUGGGAAGUAAGUUGCAAAAUACUCUUAGGAGUAAAAAAAUUUUAUUGGUGUUGGAUGAUGUUUGGGAUACCGAGUCAAUUGGAAUAACAAUUGAAAAAUGGAUUGAUUUAAAAACUUUGUUAAAUGUGGGAGCUGAUGGAAGCAAAAUCAUCAUAACAACACGAAAUAAAUCAGUUGCUUUACUUGUGAGUCCCUUAUACAUUCAUUCUUUAGAAGGACUUUCCCACAAAGAUUGCAUGUCCUUGUUCAUCCUAAGGGCAUUUAAAAGAGGAGAGGAGCAACGCUAUCCACAUUUGAUAGAAAUAGGACAGGAUAUUGUGAAAAAGUGUGGAGGAGUUCCUUUAGCAGUAGCUACUGUAGGGAGCAUGCUCUAUUUGAAAACAGAUGAACACCAAUGGUUGAGUGCCAGAGAUGAUGACAUGUGGAGCAUAAGGAAUGACAAUAUUCUACCUGCACUCAAAUUGAGCUAUGAUGCAUUGCCACAACACUUGAAACCAUGUUUUGCAUUUUGUUCACUUUUCCCAAAGGAUUAUGAAUUCAAUAGUUUAAUGUUGGUUCCAUUGUGGAUGGCACAAGGCUACCUCAAGACAUCUAAGAAAAAUGAAGAUUUUGAACAGAUGGGUUUAGACUAUAUAAUGGAGUUUUACUCUAGAUCCUUGUUUCAAGUUGAGUUGGAUAUCAAAACAGUCAUAAGUUUUAAAAUACAUGAUCUAGUUCAUGAUUUAGCAAUUUCAGUGGCACAAGUAGAGAAUUCCACAGUCAAUUUCCGCCCUUCUAGUGCUUUGGAAAUGGUUCGACAUGUGUCAAUAUCCAAAAAAGAUUUGCUUGGAAAAGAGGCAAAAGUUCCUGAUUUCAUGCUCAAGUCAAAGAAAUUGCGAACCAUUCUAGUUCAUGAAAAAGAUGCCCAGAUGAGUCAACGUUUUGUGAAGAGAUGCAUCUCGAGAUUCAAAUAUAUGCGGGUGCUACAUCUCAGUGGGUCGCCUCUUGAGGAGCUACCAAGUUCCAUUGGUAGUUUGUUUCAUUUGAGAUUCCUCGACUUGUCUGGUAAUAGGAAGAUAAAAAGGCUUCCCAAUUCCAUCAGUAAGCUGCUGAAUUUGGAGACCUUGUACCUUGCGGAUUGUGACGCACUUGAGGAGAUACCCAAAGACAUAGGGAACCUGAUCAACCUCCGAAGCUUGGCAAUAACUACACAACAGACGUAUUUGCCGAAAGGAAUUAGACGCCUCACCUCACUUCAAUCUUUAUAUUUUGAGGGAUGUGUCAAUCUUAAAUCUUUGGGCGAAGAGAUCCAAUUCCUCAACAACCUUCGUACACUGGCGAUUGGCAGGUGUAAUAAUUUGGAAUCGCUGCCACCAAAUAUGAAACACAUGACUGCUUUACAUACUUUGGGUGUCAAUGAUUGCGAGAAGCUUCAGUUGAUGAUGAGAUCAGGGGAAGGUCCUCAACGUCUUCGAUCAUUGAUAUUUAUCGGGAAUUCAAGUUUGGAGGCUUUGCCCCCUUGGCUCAUUGAAGAUUCUGCAGACACUCUACAGAGCAUAUAUCUUGGUGGAUGUCAUAAUCUCACUGCACUUCCGGAGUUGAUAAAGUUCAGAUUCCUCGAGCAACUACUCAUCGCCGGAUGCUCCAAAUUGUCGGCUUUGCCUGAAGAACUGCAUCGCCUUACUGAGUUGAGAGGAUUGGGGAUUGGAGGGUGUCCUGAAUUGAGCAAAAGCUGCAAAAGGCAAUUAAAAGGUGAGGAGUGGUCAAAGAUGGCACGUCAGGUGAAGAUUACACUCGACGACUCUGAUGAUGAAGAAGAUGAAGCCGACAAUCGCUUGGCCGACGGUAGGAUCGCGUACCACACGCGACGACGCCGUUAGGGAGUCCGCCUCCAAUCGGUCGCGUACCUCACAACGCGCCACCCGCGACGACGCCGUUAGUCACCUCCCAAUUCCUCGUCUCCAGCUUGCAUUGGGUGAGUUUGGGAUACGGCCGUACGGCAGCUGACUGCAUUGUAACCACUGGGUUUUCAAAAGCAUUGGAGUUGAAUUAGGAUUUACCUGAUUUCAGGAAAGAGAUCCAUCUACUGAUUUCAGAGAUGCUGGAUUUAUUUCUUUGGAUGAUUUACCCCAUAUUAUAAUCAGAAAUGAUUCUUAUAACAAGCAAGAUAGCUACCUGAUUUUCAUAAUCUUUUAACAUGUAGGCUUUCCAGCAAAAGCAUGCGUGCUGCCAUUGGAGGUGCUUCAAAAUGAAGAAGUCCUGCACUGCUGUAUUGUUUACUUAUUUUAUGCUUGGAUCAUGUUCGAGCUUGGAAUUAGAGAGAUGUUGAUGAACUCAAAAGUGAUGUGUGAUAAAGCAAUGAGAUUGUUCAAGUAGCUUCAUUUGUGAUGGUUGUGUGAUUUUACUGUAUGAUAAGGCAUAAGCUUGAAUGUUUUAAAAAGUUGAGAAAUCUGUUGUGGUAGUUGUGCGAUUUUACUGUAUGAUAAGGCAUAAGCCAGAAUGUUUUAGAAACUUGAGAAAUGUAUAGUCAAAUUUGAAGCUGAUCAUGCUUUCAAUGUAUUAUAAUCA